CAUUGUACCGCAGUCGAUUCAACUGAUGCGCUCCAUUUAGAGUUUUUAUAUUCAGUCAAACGAUUUCCCACCUGUGUAAAGUAAAUUCCUAACAUCAGCUAUCAUCCUCAAGAAUCUUCAAAAGAUGUUAGCGUUAUUGAGGUAUGCAUUUGUUUCGAAUCCUCAUUUGCGUUUGAUCCCUCAACGUGGUUUCCACCAAAACUGGAACAUGUACAUUUCAUCGAGGUUUCCUGCAAAUACACAUACUUUGAGAAAUAUUUCACUUAGUCAGUUACAUCCAGUAAUCUCAGUCCACCGUCUUAGCACAAACAGUUCACUGUUUGCACUCGUUCAUGAAGGCAAGCGUAUAGGGAACCACAGUGAUUUUCCAAUAUGGUGUAUAAAUCCAGUAAAAAUUGAGACUCCAGUUCCUAGACCAAAUAAGACUCCUCCAACAAAUUCCAGUGUUGAACCACCGAAGGAACCUAAAAAGAAAGAAGUGAGUUAACCUGUUAAUCAGACUUUUUCAGGAUGAAAAACAAGUGAAACCACCUAUGUGGAUCCGCAUUAAGGAUGGAAUUGUCCAUUAUUAUCAUGGGUUUAGACUUCUUGGUUUGGAGAUUAGAAUCGCCUCUGGAAUUUGUUUCAGAGUUCUUGGGGGCCACACACUAACGAGGAGGGAACGGAAACAACUUGUUCGCACUCUAGCAGAUAUCUUACGCCUUCUACCGUUCUCAGUGUUCAUCAUUGUUCCGUUUAUGGAAAUUCUGAUUCCAUUUUAUGUCAAAUUUUUCCCUUUUAUGCUUCCGAGUACUUUUAAGGACAAAUCAACGGAGGUAUUAGUAAUACAAUAUUUAAUAACUCUUUAGGCUAAUGCCAUUCAACAGAGGCUUAAAGCUAAGCUUGAGUUGACUCAUUUUCUUCAGGAAACUUUGAUGCAAACUGCUGGAGCCUUAAAGAGCAGUUCAGAUGCACCCACUGUUACUGAAUUCCAAGAGUUUAUUAAAAAGGUACAGAAAUCUGGUGAACAGGCUCAAGCUAAAGAUAUUACUAGAUUUUCAAAGCUCUUUGAGGAUCAAGUGACAUUGGAUUCUCUGGAUAAUAAACAGCUUAGAAUGCUAUGUCGACUUCUUUCUCUUCCAACCAUUGGUCCCAGUCAUUUACUAAGAUUUCAAAUUUGGAUACGUGUUAGACAGUUAAAAGCAGAAGAUAAACUGAUAGCGAAUGAAGGUGUUGAUCAGAUACCACCUUGGGAAUUGCAAAGUUUAUGUCAGGAACGUGGAAUGCGUUCAGUUGGUUUACCAAAAGAAAAAUUGCAAUCACAACUUAGUGAAUGGCUUGAUUUACAUCUAGAAAAGAAUGUACCCAUCACUCUCUUAUUAUUCUCUCGGGCACUGCAUGUGACUCAGGCGCUAGUAGAUCAAAAUCCCCUGCAACAAGCUAUUGCUCAAUUACCACCAUCAGCUUCAUCAGAGGCAGUGGCUCGUGUUUUAGAAACCACGCCUCAUGAUGAACUUGAUCCUGUUACCAAAAUCAAAGUGUUACGUGAAGAACAAGACAGUAUUAAAGCUGAACGAGUACAGCGCAAACAAGAGUUAAUUGAAAAGCAAAAAUCUGAAAAAGGUAAAACUAUUAUCACUGGAUUGCCAGAAGGCGAUCAAGCUCCAUUGUUAAAGGGUCUUAAAAAUGAAGGUAAGAUACCAUAUUCGUCUAAGACUUAUUGGUUAGGGAAAACUUUUCUGAUUUGAAUGAAAUUUAUUCGGCAGAUUUUAAACGUUUUCACUUUCAUUUUCCUUUACUUAUACCUUACGUAAAUCAUUCCAUUCAUUCCCAUAAGGCCACCUUUCUGUUAUUUCUCAUGUUCACAUCUAUGUCUCAGUUUGUAUUUAAUAUAAAUUGGGAUAAAUCCCUCUGGUCUAAACUUCGAGUGUCUGUUGGAAAAGUCUCAAAAGUAUCCCUCGUCGGAAUCCCUAGAGGUCCAGAAACGCCAGGAAACGUUUGAUUAAAUCCGCACUGAACAGGAUCUCAGAAUCGCAUCCCGUGGUUUCGACUGGAUAUUCACACGUACUGCCCCUAUAUUUAGUACGGCUCCAUAAAUUUCUGGAAGCCUAAGAUCGUGUGUAACGAUAUAAGUACUCUCGUUUUUCUGUACAUAAACGAACAUUGGAGUAGAGCUUUACUCGCUAUUCGCGCCUUCUCUCUAGUGUUCCAGUUAACAUGGUGAAGUAUUUAGGGAUAUCGGAACCACGCAAGAAGAGAAUUUAGGCGUGUCGGUAACAAGAUUUGUUAGGGUGGAACCCUGCUCCACCUACUUCCGCCUGGGGAUCCGGGCGUGGCAUCACUAGUUCUUACACGUAUAGCAUAGCUUGUAGCCAAUUAUGUCUGGCGAAUGAAAUAAUAAAUAGAAAUAAUUUCAUAUAAUUUUUCCCAUUUACAGAUUUGAACGAAAAAAUUCGUGGCAGAAUUUAUUCAUUUCAUGAAUUCUCCCCAUCUGUUUACAGUCUAAUGAUAAUAAUCAAAUUUGUGUAUUUCAAGUAGAAGUAGAUAGUUGCUUGCAAUGAAAUCUAGGACGUCCGUUUCGUCCUUUUGGGUAUUCGUCUGCUGGAUGUGCCUGGAUACGAGAGUUGAUGUUCACUCUGGGACUCGAACCUAGUACCUUUCGCUUCAAAUUAAAAUCUACCCCAUCGCACAGGUCAGUGGCUAUCUGAAUCCUAUAGCUAAGUGGAUAACACAUUAGCACUUGAAAACCAACUCUAGGAUAUAGGUGAAUCCAGCUGACUAGUCCCCAAAAAGGACGAAACGGGCGUCCUAAAUUCCAUUGCUAGCCAUAGUCAAUUUGUGCUCAAAAUCCUUGUGACCUACUGACAAUAUUGAGACAAUCCGCACAGGACACACAUACACCGAAAGAAACUGGUCAAUUACAGUCCUAAACGCCAAUGGGAAGAUCCAAACAACCAUUAUGUGUGAAUUAAAAUUAAAAACAGUGUAUGAUCCCACUGUGGCGGAGGUUUUUAUAUUCAAAGCCUUUAAGAUAUUGAUGGACUUUUCAGAGAUGCCUUAUACAGACACUCUUGGAUCGGAGUCCUAUUCUACGAAUCUAAUUUGGCGCUGAUAUCAAGAGCAGUGUUGGCCUGCUGCUUGCUCCCAACGUGCUGGGAUACUCUUGUAGUGAACAAAAACACGGGUGGGGACAAUCGAAUGUAUUUAGCACAAAAAUUGCAGACUAUCUCAAUAAAAUGUGAAUACCAUAAAGUCAAUCGUCAAUUUGCAAAAUAUCAUUCCAUCAUAUCAAACUGUACUGUUCCCGUUGCAAACACUAAUCCAUUGUCUCCCAUUCCAUUGUACAUGCGUUUUCUUACAAAUUCCAUUGUGCUCUCGCUCUUCCUUUCUUGAUCUUCGCCAUCUUCUGCUGCUUGACAUUACGUUCUUUUAACGCACGUUAUAUGCUACUUAUAUCAAUAUAAGUAGCUCACACCACACUCUUACCACCAGGUUUCUCGGUCCUGAUAAAAAGUUUACAAAAUUUUCCGACAUCGGGAUCUGUGUUUAUCGAAAAACUUGGGGUUAAUUGGUGUAGUUCUAAUAAGCCUAUAGAAACCCUCUGCCAAUAGGUAGGAUGCUUCACAAAACCGCAUAUAAUUUUACAUGGUAUUUUUUUAUUGCGUUAUAUAAAUGCGGCCAGUGAUCAUCUAUAAUUUUCAGUGAGUAGAUGGCUAGCCUUAGAAGUAGCUUGGUUUGAUAUUUGGUUAUAAUGAAGGCUACAACCAACGUACAUCAAUCCGUUUAGUACGAUGGAUUUUUUGGCCACUGGAACAUAAGAUUUUCGCAAACCAAGGUAUGAUGAUAGUCCUGAUAAGUGUUCUGAAAGGAGCAGGAUUGUUGUACACAGCCACGCCAGAAGUAGCUGACUGUGAUGUGGUAAAUCUAAGUCCAAGCUUGGUAUGCAGACAGAGGGGACCAGGUAGAUCAUUGGCGAUGACUGUGCCAAAAAUCAGGUAGUCUGCGCACAAAGCUAAAGAAGGCAAUCACCUUCAUUUUACCUGCGACUGAUGAGUUCCGACCGAUCACACAAAUAACUCUCAUACUGUGACUCGACCUGUGCAUCCAUAUUUCUGGUUAGCAUUAUAAUAUCUGUCGAACUCACUUUUUAGAGAUCAUUUAACUAACAAUAAAACUCGUUCUUGAUUGCACCCAAGUUGAAAUCUAUCGGGGGACUCGGCGGAGGAAAAGAAAAUACAUCUUUUCCUACGACAGCUUUCACUUUGGAGCUUUCUAACCCAGUACCAUAUAGACGACUGCUGGUGGGGGAUCCAAUCGAUUGAUGAUGCCUCUACUUUGGCUCUUAGUGCAACAUUAGCGCCAGAUGAAAUGAAUGGUGUUACGGCAUCGUCUGCUAUCAAGUGGACUUGAAGCAAGCUUUUUGAGUUAACAAAUCGAAGAGUACUUGUAGUGCUUCACUAACAACAGUCAUACAGGUCUCAGAGAUACUACAAACGUUGAUGUCAAGACUUUCCAAAAACUCAACUAGACCUAUUUGUUAACUGAACUUCAUCAGUGUGCUAACGUUGGAGGAAGACAUUUUGAAUGGCGCACAUGGUUUCAAGAGAGCUGAUUUAGAUUUCCUACUCGAUAGUAGCAUUCGGAAUUUCGGACAGUUAAUGACUUGAGUUCAUUUAGAAAGGACAUAACUUCGUCAUUGAUGAGCUGACUAUUCAGUUGAAAAAUAAAAGUAAAUGGAAUAGAAAGGGAAAUCGUACUUUAAUUACUUCAUUCUCAAGGUGAACUAUAUAAUAACACUCGCAACUGGAAAAGACGAGGCUGAUAGUUUCAUUAGCUAAAGUUAGCUACUUUUGCUAAAUCCUUAUGUUGACAGAUGAUUUUAAUAUUACUGGUUUAUAAUCACUGUUUGUGUAUGUAUUUAAUGAUACAACUCCUCGAAGGUUGACGUUUUAGAAACAGGUAAUUAUCUCCUGACUGUAAUGAUAAUUGGCUCCAGCCAAGCGAAAGGAGGUUAAAAAUAUGCGAAGUAAUGAGGUGAUAUUUGACGGAUCGACUUUGCACCUGUACGUGUGACUAACUGAAUUAUCGAGUUCUUAACGGUGUUUAUGGUAAAAUCCAAGUCAUUUUUUAGCAUAUUCAUAUGUUACACUUAAUGUGGUCUGAUUCGUUAAUAGAACACAAGAGAUCAACUGUGUUCAGGUUUUUUUAUGUGUUGUGUAUUUAUCAUGUCCUGAUUCCGGUACAAAUGGUCAAUUUCAUAUGGAAACUCUAUUAGAGAUAGAAAUGCGAACGCGAGAGAGAGAAUAAAGAAGCUGGUGAAUUGAUAGGAUUUAAAAGCACAUAUAUAUGAAAGUGAAUGUGUCAUCGAACGAUUUAAGCACCUAAUAUUUAAACUAGUAAAAGAGAUAUGUGUGUAAGCUAUAAUAAAUGAUUAAGUGUACAUGACCAUAUAGACAUAAUAAUAAUAAUAAUAAUAAUAAUAAUAAUAAUAAUAAUAAUAAUAAUAAUAAUAAUAAUAAUAAUAAUAAUAAUAAUAAUAAUAAUAAUAAUAAUAAUAGUAAUAGUAAUAGUAAUAGUAAUAGUAAUAAUAAUAGUAGUGAUACGAAGAUAUAGACAAACUGUUACUGUUCUAACGGCACUCUCUGUCAAAUAAGUUAGUUGAAGGGCUUAACAAAAUUAACGUAUACAGCUCAAGCUUAGAUGAGGUACUCUCAAUCGUUCAUGAUGAAAAAAUAUUCAUCUGAGCUAUAGUUUAUAAAAGGUUCAAGAUAGCUGAAAAGUGUUUCAUUAUGAUCAAAUCUAGACAGAUCACUAAUCCGUGAAAAUACGGAUUGUUGGUCAAAGCCACGUUACGGGUCAUUUUUUGCAUGUUAUUUGGAAAUAAGCUAUUCCGCUUUUAGAUUUAUUCAUAUAUCACUGAAAUCUUAUUUUCUCUUGAUGUAGAACUUGAUAAAGUCACACCUGUGUUAACUGAUUCAGCUACUUUUAUGUCCGAAAGUACGGAGAUACAAUCUGAGAUUCGUAAACCUGUUCAAAAUAUACAACCUAUCGAUACACUACAAACAUCAGUUAAUGCAAAAUCAAAAGAUGAUUCGCACAUAGAUAGUUUGCCUGUGAAGUCUGAAAAACCAAAAACAUCGGAUACUGAAGAGGUAACUGAGAUAUCUGCAGGUGAUUUAGCUGAAAUUCAUUCGGCUAUUGCUGAGUCCACACGUCAUUUAGAUAGUGAAACAAUCGAUGAAUUGAAGGAGCAAGUUGCAAAAUUACAACAAAAACGUCAGGCUGAAUUGGUGGCUUCUGAAGAAGUGACAGACAAACGAAAAUCAAAAGCUGCAUUACAUCUAGAAUCUCGUUUAGAGCGUUUAAUUAAAGAAAUGGAUACUAUGGUAGAUAGACUAAAUGAUAAACGUACCCAACUGUUAAAAGAUAUUGAAGUUUUUGAAAGCCAUAUAAAUGAAUCAACUGAAUCAAAGGAACGGUCUAAGAUAAUGGAUCAAAUCAAAGCAGAUCAUGAUCGUAUGGUAGACAUAAAUGAUUUGUUGAUUUCUUUGAAACGUAUUCAAAACAUUCCUGAUGAUACACGUUGGGAAAAGAUCUUGAAAGUUUUAGAUGAGGAUCAUGAUGGAAAAAUCGAGUUGAAUCAUAUAUUGUCUGUUAUCGAGCUUCUCGGUUCAGAGAAUGUGAAACUAUCCGGCAAAGAAAUUGCACGCGUUCUUGAAAUGAUUGAUAAUGAACAUUUGGCAAAAGCGAUCCCUACAGAAGAGUUGAAAGCUGAUAAAAACCGUUUAAAAUCAUCCGUCGAUGAUUCUUCUCAGGUCACUUCAAAGUAGAGGAGUGCUGUUUUGAUUUUUGUAGGUGAUAAAUUGCAUAUAUUGAAAAUUAUUGUAGUGUCAUUAAACCCACGGAGUGAAUUUCGAACAUGUUGGGGUUUAUUUUCUUAACGUAUUUCCUCCUAUUUUUAUUGUAGUCAUUAAAUAUUGCUGACGCAUAUAUAUAUCGUUGGUAUCAUUCGUGAUAUGUUCUGUUCAUUGAUAUUAUCAACUAAAACUUACCUCUUUUGUUCAAAUAACUUUUGUUGGUUUAUAACAAACUAAUCUUGUAAUAAGAGUAAUAAUAAUAAAUACAUCAAAUGUACAUGAGUUUUAUUUAUUUAGUACAAAACAUGACCACUUUUUUCCAUUUUAAGGUUUUGUAAAUCUUCUGUUCGGUUCCGUCAUAGAGGAGAAUUUGAUGACUUAAUGGAUAUAUUUUCGGUUUUAAGAUCGAUCAGAUAGAAUUCCAAUCAAUAGACAGUAUGAUAUGAUACAGUGUUGCUCAGUGAUGGCUGACCACGAGACUGGCUUGUUGACAUAAACCUCCAAAUUAUUUGAGACCAAAGAUAGGACUACUCUAGCUACUUGAUAAGUGACAGCCUUUGAGAAGGAGAUGCGGAAGUAGGAUAUAUCUAUCACACUGUGUCAAGUAAUAGGUCCGUUACGUGACAGUCUUAAGCCUGGGUAAAUGAGGGUGGUCGGACAUAGGAUCAGCAAACCCAUAUUGUAGAAAAGAACCAAAGCAAAAACCAAUUGCUCCAUUUUAGCUCAGCCCUGCGAGUUGUAGGG